AUUUCUCAUUAUAUAUUGGGUAACGCUUUCGAUCAGAACAAAAAACAGUUCACAUCAAAAUUUGUAAAAAUGUCGGCAAAAAUGAACUCCAUACAGUUGAGACUUUUAAAACAUUUACUAAGCAGAAGCUAUCGUAAUUCACCAUCAAAGCGGGCCAUAUUUGAUGUAGCUAACAUGAAAGAAUUUGAAAAAAAAGUUAAGCGCUCUAAGUUGCCAGUGUUGGUCGAUUUUCAUGCCAGUUGGUGCACGCCCUGUAAGGCGCUCACUCCUCGUCUAGCAAACAUUAUAUCAGAGCAGAGGGGCCGUCUCCGUAUGGCCCGUGUCGAUAUAGAUGAAUUUACCGAUUUGGCACUGGAUUAUAAUGUGGGUUCGGUGCCGUCACUUCUCGUCAUGCACAAUGGUAAGGUGCUUAAUCGUUUGGUUGGACUGCAGACAUCAGACUAUAUUCGAAAUUGGCUCGCUAAAGUGAUCAAAAACUGUUCCCCUAACUAGAUUUAUAUAUAUAUUAGUGAAUAUAAAAAAAUAAACGUUGUUUUUCAUAAUACAAA